AUGAUAUCUGAAGACUUAGAGAUUGAUCUGUUAACAUCAUCAAAUGUUGAUAGAGAUAAUGAUUUUACUGAAAAUAAAAAACAACAUAUAAGUUAAAAUCACACUCGUGUCAGUACAAAAACUAAAAGAGGAAGACCGCCCAAAUAAAAAAAAAAGGCUCCAAACUAAAAAACUUAAACUACAGAAGAAAGAAAAAUUGAUGAGAGCCCUGAUAUAAUUAUGAUUGGAUCUUCAAAAGCAAAAAUGGCUAAGGCAAACACUAUAAUGAAGAAGAUUAAAAAAAAAUUUACAGCUGCAAAAAAACAAAAAUAAUCGUAACAUGAAGGAUAAAAGGCACAGAAGCAAAUAAAAGCAAAACCGAAUAAAUCAUAGUCAAAGUUUCAAUCUGUAGUUUAGAGUUUCAAAACAUUUCUCAAUUAAUUUAAGGAGAACAUGAAAAGAGCUUUAGAUGAAGGAGAAAAAAUACUUAAGGAAAUCGAAUAAUGA